AUGGAGAGCCUCAUGCCACACUGUGCCCGGCAGCAGCUGCGGGCAGGCAGCUCAGAAGGGGGCUGGAGCUCUUCUCUCAGUGUGCCCGACACCAAGGCCGGCGGACAGACAGACGCCCUGCCAGGCCAGCGCAGCCCUCGGCGCCGCUCCAACCAGACCGCCACCGCUAAGCCCCUCCUUUCAAGAAACUCUGGGGCCGCCCCUGGAAGUGGCGGGGCGGAGGCACCCGAGGAGCGGCGCUUGGCGGCGAUGGAGCCCAGCGGCCCGGGCACGGGGACCGGCGUGGAAGGAGCGGCGGGCGACCCGUACCAGCGACCAGCGCGGCGCACGCAGUGGCUGCUGAGCGCCCUGGCGCACCACUACGGGCUGGACCGAGGCGUGGAGAACGAGAUCGUGGUGCUGGCCACGGGCCUGGACCAGUAUCUGCAGGAGGUCUUCCACCACCUGGACUGCCGAGGCGCCGGCCGCCUGCCCCGCGCCGACUUCCGCGCGCUCUGCGCGGUGCUGGGGCUGCGCGCCGAGGAGGCUGCCGCCACCUGGGAGGCUGCCGGGCAUACAGCCGCGGGAGACACGAACUCCGGGGAUGUGAUCGCUGGGCUGGCCACCGAUGGGGACGCGGAUGCGGAGGAGGAGGCGCGCCUGGCACUGCGCACCGAGCCGCCUGAGCUCACCUUCCGCCAGUUCCACGCGCGCCUCUGCGGCUACUUCGGCACCCGCGCCGGGCCCCGUCUGCCCCGCGGCGCUCUCAGCGAGCACAUGGAGACGCAGAUCCGCCUGCGCCGUCCGCGCCGCCGCCGCCGAGCGCCCCGUACGCCCGGCCCCGACGGCGGCCCGGACAGCGAACGCCUGGCGCGCUUGGAGGAAGAAAACAGCAGCCUGCGCGAGCUGGUGGAGGACCUGCGGGCCGCGCUGCAGAGCAGUGACGCGCGCUGCCUAGCACUGCAGGUCGGCCUCUGGAAGAGCCAGGCGGGCGCCCGGGAGGCGGCGCUCGGCGGGCCCGAGGCGGCGGCGGCGCGGGAGCUGCGGCAGGCGCGGGGCGCGCUGUCGGCAGCCGAGGCCCGCGCGGGGCGCCUGCGCCGGGGCCCGGCCGAGGUGCGGCGGCGCGCGGAGGAGGCCCGGCAGGCAGUGCUGCGCAGCCUGGCGCGCGUGCGCGAGCUCGAGGCGCUGGCGCGGCAGGUGCCCGGCCUGCAGCGCUGGGCGCGGCGGCUGGAGGGCGAGCUGCGGCGCUACAGGUCGGAGGACAGCCACCUCCCAACCUCACCACGAGCCAGCCCAGAGCCACAAGCCAAGAGUGGUGAACCUCAGGAUGGUGGGAGCAGAGGCCCAGACCUCCCUCCAGAGGGAGCCUGGGGCUCCGACAGCAGCUCGGGGAGCAGACCCCCACACGAAGUGGACGAGCAGCUGUUCCGCUCGGUCGAGGGCCAGGCCGCCUCUGACGAGGAGGACGACAGUGAGAAGCGGCAUCAGGAGCAGGGGCCACCGGCUGAGGUCAAGGCCCUGCUGGCCGGCCUCUCCAGCUGCGGGCGUGGGUGUGACGACAAGACGGCCAAGAAGCUCACGAUGUACCUCACCCACUUUGGCAGUGCCGACCGUGCCCGUGCCCUGGGGGAGCUGGAGCAGCUGGAGACCCAGGGCUGCAGUGGGAAGACCCUGGGGGCACCAGGGGAGGAGGUCAAGCUGCAGCAGAAGGCGGAUGAGAACGAGCACCUGAGGCUGGAGCUGCAGAUGGUGGAGACAGAGAGGGUGCGGCUGUGCCUGCUGGGGGAGAAGCUGGAGGACGUGCUGCGGCUCCUGCGGAGGCUCCGGGACCUGAACAUAUCGAAAAGAGCCCUGGGGAAGAUUUUGCUGAGCACACUGGACGCUUGCAGGGACCCUGCACAUGAGGGGACGUCUGGCCCCUCAGCCAUGCUGGAUGCCCUGCACCGAGCUCUGGCUGGCUGUGAGCUCCUGCGUAGAGAGCCCUUGGCACCAGCCUCUGCAGCUCCAGCACUCAGCAACUCCCUCCUCAUCUCCUGCUGAGGCUGCUAGCCCAGUCUGUGGGCCCCCUGGGCAGCCUG